UCCCCCUCUCUCCCUCUCUCUCACACUCUCUUUCUUUCUUCUCUCCUCUCUUUCUCCGACUUUCGACCUUGAUCUUGCAUAUAUUUAUAUAAUUACGGCGGAAGAAGACGGUGCUCACACUGAUUGAGGUCAAGAUGUUGCCCUCAGUAGCACCGUUCCCGCCAGUCCAGCCGCACCACCUUAAUUAUCGGCACGGUGCCGACGCUACAAAUGGACCUUACGACCGCAAUACAUCAUUUCUCACGUCACUCCCCCGCAGCGAUUUCGGCAAAGGCUCGUUCCAGUCCGUAGCUCGAUCUCGGCUGCAAUAUCCGCAUCCUAUACAACGCCUCGAGGUACCCGAUGCCACGGGUCUGGUACCUAGUCCGAAGAGUGCUGGCGAGCACGCAUUACGAAGGAAAACACCGAACGGGACACUGGCGGCUGGGUAUGAUGGCACACCAGGGGAUACUACCCUUCAGCCCGCGAGCAAGCACCUCUUGGUCUCGCCGAUCGAUUCGGGCCACCUGGUACCGCCUCAUACAGGAUUCCCAAUGGAGACUUGGCAACAGGCCAAUCUGGAUCAGUCUUCGGCCGGAAAGCACCUGAAUUUCCCGCCGGUAUAUCGAAAUGAUUCGAGCCGAACUAAUGCAGGCCCAACAGAGUUGACACAAGGAGUGAAUGGCACCAGUUGGGUUCGUUCAUUGAACUAUGUUCCGGGAAUGGACUCCAUGCUGAAUCAAUCACUUCCAAUGCAGCCUUCGCAGCAGCGAUUUUAUUGGCACAAUGGCGCCUAUGUUCCCACGGUUCUACCAGCGACACUUCAGCCCUGUGUCGGUCCCACCGCAUCGGCAGGAACAGGACCAUACGGUCCAUAUUGGCCUGAUGGUGUGUAUAUUCCGUAUCGCCCAGCGGCGUUUCGAGAUGCCCGGUUCGACUCGCCCACUCCUUUUGCAAAGGCGACGAACCCACCCGCCCUUCAAUUAUUCGACGCAGGCCAACAGGCCUUCAGCCGGGGCGCUAUAUCCUCGGGAAGUCAUCCCGACCCGGGCCUGGCGUGGAAUCAGGCCCCUGCUGGAAUGGUCAACUCUGAGUUGUCCAUGAAAAACAACUUUCCUCGGCGUCAUUCGGAGCACAAAGUUGCUGGUCUUUCAGGCGGCCAGCGCACAUUGCCGUAUCAUACGCGCCAACCUAAUCCUACCCCUGGCUUCUCGCAUCAACCGGCUCACGAGACAGGUCCGUCUUGGUCGGGCCCUCCAAGUACUCAAGGGCCCCAACUGGGCUCUACCGCAAGCCCACAGGCAACAAAUGUGGAGUUUAAGGAGAAGGUGCUGACAUGGGCUCAUGGUGUUUACGUUGACCUACUGGCAUCGAUUCACCAAGCACGACGGAAUAGUAUCUCGAAUGCGGCUGCUGAGGGACAGAGUCAGCGAUUCUUGAAACCAAGUAUAUACCCGAAACCACCGCGUCAGCCUGGUCUGGAUUUUUCCAGCACCAAUGCUCUUGAGUCGAGUCGUCACAAUAACUACACUACGGGCCAGUAUGACCAUAUUCAGAGGAACAACACCAUUGGCAACAUAGGCCAGAACGAUACUGCCAGCUUUCAAACUGGCCGUCGGUAUGAACGUGCUUCACUGUCUCAGUUCCCGCAAGCUGCAACCGAUGUACAGAUGCUCGACCGGCUCCGCCACACUGGACGGUUUACUGCAUCGACGGCAACGGCUCGUUUCGGUGCCGCACCGUUGAACGAGGGUUCUAUCACAGCGAAUGCUGUAUCAUCUUUGGAAAUGUUAUCCCAUCUCUGUGCGGAAAGUGGUUGGGAGUGGAUUGAUGGCAUGCUUCUUGGAGGCUGUCUCGCUUAUGGGCUUGGGGAUUAUCAUAAGGCCAUGCGUUGGUAUACUAGAAUCAUCGCUCGAGAUGCAACGCAUGUGGAGGCGAUAUCCAACCUUGCGGCCACGCUCCUGGCGCUGGAUCGCCGAGAAGAGGCGCUGCAACAUUGGCUUCGUGCCGUCAAGCUCCGCCCGAGUUUCUUUGAAGCGGUAGAACACCUGAUCGGUCUUUUGUGCAGCAGCCAACGCGGCAAGGAAGCAGUCAACAUCAUUGAGUUCGUACAGAAUUCCAUACGCUCCCCUAAGAACGGCGAUUGUUUCGCGUCCGACGAACACGCGAGUGAACCCGAGAGCGAUGCGGAGAGCAGAGCGUCGAGUGCGUCCGAUCUGGGUUCCUACGAGAAAGCGUCCUUUGAUUACGAUGACGACUUUGGUAGGUCGGUUGCCGCAAAUCGGGGCUCGGCAGAUGUUGGGUCAGCUGGAUUUGGUUCCAGCGGCUACGCCAUACCUGGCUGUGAUAAUGGCAGAAUGCUGGCUCUCGUCCACGCCAAGGGAAACAUGCUAUAUGCUCUGGGCGACAAUGCUGCAGCUGCCGUGGCCUUUGAGGAUGCGAUUCUGAUUGCAGCUGGAAGAAGGCGCCAUGGGAUCCAAAGCCUGAUCAAACAGAUAUUCUCGGCCUUCACGCAGGGUACGCAUCACGGUUACCCCGGCCCAGAGCAGCGUGGGCAGCAGGAGACCAUUCUCCUGUAUCCAGACCAUGCUCUGCAGACCGCAAAGCUGGUCUUUGCUCCCUGCGGAACACCCCCGGGGAUCAAAUAUGUGCCAGAAGGUCUGGCACGAAAGGCCGCCAUCUCCACUACCAGCAAUUCGUUGCUCUCUCUAGCUAAGAUAUAUCAAGACGGCAUGUCUAAUAUUUCUAGCUCCGGUGUUCCCAGAGCUGCUCCAGGCGUUCGCGAUAUUCUGGCACUUUAUUAUCUUUCUCUUUCUCUUCAGCCAAGUCCGUCCACCGCAAAUAAUGUUGGUAUUUUGCUGGCUGGCAUCCAAAACAAUGCGCCCAAGAAAGUUCUCCCCCGUCCAAGCGGAGAGAUGCAGCAUCCCGAAAUACCUGGUGUGGUGCCCGGUACGGGAAUAUCGUUGGCUCUCGCUUAUUACAACUACGGUCUACACCUUGAUUCGCGACAUGCCCAUCUUUACACAAAUCUCGGAAGCCUUCUCAAGGAUAUUGGCCAGUUGCAAGCGGCUAUCCGAAUGUACGAACAAGCUGUUCAUUGCGAUAGUAACUUUGACAUUGCGCUGGCGAAUCUGGCGAACGCAGUCAAAGAUGCCGGCCGCGUCAACGAUGCUAUCGUUUACUACAAGCGUGCCGUCAAGGUGAAUCCUGAAUUCGCCGAGGCGGUGUGUGGCCUAGCCAACGCCCUGAAUUCUGUGUGCAAUUGGGUUGGCCGCGGUGGCAUUGGCAACGGCUAUGGAUUCCGAGACCGGUGGCAUGUCGAUGAACAGGGUAUGAUCCGCGACGCAUACACUAUUGAAACCGGGACUGGCUGGAUCAAACGAGUUGUUGAAAUCGUUGACCGCCAACUCAAAGAAGGGGAAGCUUGGGGUCGUGGUUUGCUUACUUCCAACGUGAUCGAGCAGCUGUGCGCGCAACUGGCUCCCGCGGCCGGUUCGCGCGGCCAUGUCGCUUUUGGCACUCUAGCUAAGAUCCUGCAGUCGUGGUCAGGUCAGCGGUGGGAGGGCUCUAGGAUUGUCAGGAUCGUGGAGCGUGCCAUCAGGGCGAUUACCUGGCAGUGGUAUCAGGAUCGGUACGUUUAUGGCAAGGAAUACCCUCUGACCAAAUAUCGGCGUCCACAGCUUCCCUCUGGCCUGACGGCGCCAAAUGCACCGACAGUCCUGCCUUUCCAUACCUUCACCUGCCCGCUGUCAGCGAAGCAAAUUCGGCAAAUCUCGCAGCGGAAUGGGCUUCGUAUCUCUUGUUCCACCUUGCGUUCGCCGUGGCUGCCUGCUACUGUUUUCCCUCCGCCUCCCCCUCCGCACCCUUACAUCAAGGUAGGGUAUGUAUCAUCAGACUUCAACAACCACCCGCUUGCCCAUCUGAUGCAGUCCGUCUUUGGAUUGCACAAUCCUUCGCGGGUGAAGGCAUACUGCUACGCUACGACUGUGAGCGACAAGUCGAUCCAUCGGCAGCAAAUCGAGAAAGAAGCACCGGUCUUUCACGAUGCUAGUGGAUGGCCCGUCGAUCGACUUGUCAGGCAGAUCGUUGAAGACGGAAUCCAUAUCCUCAUCAACCUGAAUGGAUACACCCGCGGUGCCCGGAAUGAGGUCUUUGCUGCUAGGCCCGCUCCAAUUCACAUGUCUUUCAUGGGCUUUGCAGGGACUCUUGGGGCGGAAUGGUGUGACUACAUCCUUGCGGAUGAACUUUCUAUUCCUCCUGAGACCCUCUCACCCGGGCGGCGCAACGUACGGAUGGAGGACCGGCUACUGGAGGAAGACCACGGUGAGGAUCUUGAGAACUGGGUGUACGGUGAGAAGAUUGUCUAUACCCGCGACACCUUCUUCUGCUGUGAUCAUCGGCAAAGCGCUCCCGAUGCUCAAGAUCCCCGCCUUGCUUGGGAUCAAGAGCAGACCCGACGGUGGCGCAUGCGUAAGGAGUUGUUUCCGAAUCUUAGUGAUGACACCAUCAUACUUGGGAACUUCAACCAGUUGUACAAGAUUGAACCCACGACUUUCCGCACAUGGCUACGCAUCUUGGCACGAAUUCCUAAUGCCGUCCUCUGGCUCCUCCGCUUUCCCGACCUCGGCGAACAGAACCUUCGGGAGACAGCCGUUGCCUGGGCCGGGGAAGAAACGGCAUCUCGGAUCAUCUUCACCGACGUUGCGCCCAAGAAUACGCACAUCUCGCGAGCAAAGAUCCUGGAUCUGUUCCUCGACACGCCUGAAUGCAAUGCUCAUACAACAGCGACCGAUGUGUUGUGGAGCGGCACGCCCCUCUUGACACUUCCUCGGUACAAAUACAAGAUGUGCUCGCGUAUGGCAAGCAGCAUUCUGAGCAGUGCUCUGCCGAAGUCUGACGCAGGCCGCGAGGCUCAGUCGGAUUUGAUCGCUAUGUCGGACGAAGACUAUGAGGACAAGGCCAUUCGCCUGUGUCACAGUCUGAAGUACCAGCCUGGAGGACAGGGACGUGCGACGGGCAGGUUAGCCGACCUGCGCCGGAUGCUGUUCGAGGAGCGGUGGUCCAGCAGGCUAUUUGAUACGAAGCGAUGGGUUCGAGAUCUUGAGGACGCCUACGAACGAGUUUGGCAAAGAUGGGUGAAUGGCGAAGAAGGCGAUAUCUGGUUAUGAUGUGCGCAUCAGAAUAUACCCCUUGAGCGAUUUUG